AUGAGAUCAUCAGGUUGGGAAUUCACUGGAAGCCUUUUCUGCAGUGUCGGACGGUUGAACCGUCGCGCAGCAAACGGACCGCAACGGCAACCAGAUGCACCGAACAACCAAGGUCCACCGGGCGCCAACCCCAAUGUGAACCCCUAUCAGAACCUGCAUCAGUAUUUGCCCCAUGCAUUCCUAGCGGCCCAUGGCAUGUUCAAUCCGUUGCAACCACAGCAGCCCCAGCAGCAGCAAGAUCGACAGCAGGGGAUUCCCCCACAACAAGCUCAGCAAGCCCAGAAUGUGCAUAUACAUCAUCAUCCGCAUAUUCAUCAUCAGCAUCCAGGAGGACCACAACAGCAGCCACCCGCGGGAGGGAACAACAACGAUGCCCAACAAGGAGGUGCUGAGGACCUUAACGGGCAAGCGGAAGCACCGCUCAAUCAAGGCGGAGCGAACGAUGCUGCCGCGCCAGGAUCCUCAACGCAGAGAGGAGGACCCCGGGUGACGCUAUCGAGGCCACCGCCACCCCCAUUCUUCUUGAUGCCGCCGGUAUUCGUGCCGCCACCGCCUCCCAUAAUUCCACCAGGUUUGAACCUAUCGGCGCUCUCUGACGAAGAGUUGCGUGCGAUGGAGGGGAACGAUCGAAGUGCAGUCGAGGCCCGAAUAGAAAAUUUGAGGACAAUUCAAAUCCUGCUAGAUGCUGCAGUAGUGAUGAUGGGCCAGAACAACGCGAUGUGGAGAGCGUCGCAGCAAGCCUCGGCACAGACGGCCGGUCCACAAACGCCAGGCGUUCCCCCUGCUCCAUCUCCGUCAGAUGCCGCGACGGCCCCGCCCUCGUCGACGGCCGCUGCGGGAGCACCGACGAAUAACUCCGCUCCCUCGACGACUCCGAACGGCGUGGCUAACGGAGCAGUGUCUUCGGGGCCCACGGUCAACGCUGAGCAGACGCCCCAGGGGGGUGACGGCGCUGAAGAAGCGGCCGAGGCUAAGGCCUCGACCUCGAACGGCUCUGCGCCGUCGGCAGUGAGUGAGCUAGAAGCGAGGGAAAUACGGAGACGUCGCUUGGAAAAGUUGGCCGGAGAGCGAGCGCAAGAAUGA